UGACGAGCCAAUUCGCGCUGUACACCCCGUUCGCAAGAGAAACAAGCAAGAGAUGCCACGUCAGACCAAUGCCGUGUCCUGUUUGAUGCCCGAACAUCACAACGAAAUGAAGGCCAUUCGAAUUGGAAGCCUGUUGCCCCAGUGCAUCGGCUACAAGGUCAUGUGCAAGCUUUUGUUUGGCAUGCUGGUAUGCAUUGCCUUUGGCACUCUGUAUUGGGACCUCGGACAGCGUCAUACAACAUCGUCUAUUGUAGCAACACCAUUUACACCAGAAUCACAGUUGCACUCUCAUCAAGUGAUUCCCUCCGACUUUCAGGAAAUGUCGCUCAAAGAAGCGAUGGAGCUUCUACCGCCUGAUGCAUUGAAUGCCGUUGUUCAAGCUUUCGGACCAACUAACCACUCUUCGUUCAUUUCGAUGCGAGUAUUCAACCACAGCAACGAUGUUGAUUUGCCUGUUCUGCGAAAGCGAAACUAUAGAAUUCCUCAUUUUGAGUGUCCGCAAGAAGUUCCGCCAUUACGAGUCAGGUUCGCGCAGUGCGCUGGUGACGCGCCGCGAGUUUACUUGUUACG